AUGCCAGACCCCAUAGCUAUUCCAGAGGGGUAUGUCGGAAAUCUCGCUCCAUUGCAGCAGGAGAAGCUGGUCCAGUUUUGGAAAAUCAUUCAGCAAUCAUGGGAUUCCACGUUGACCGGCCCAGAUGCCGAUGCUAAUUCGGUAGCCGGCUCGACAAAUACAAAAUCACACCGACGGUUGUUUUCGUUCGGUCGAUCGCCAGCUCAGCCUACAGAUCACGAGCUUUCCGCCAUUCCGGCUAAUCUGCUUGCCUCUUUAAAACAAUUGGGGGCCGCCGCAGGAGAUCUCAGGGCCAUUAAUUCCCUCUUAACCCAGUUACCUGGCGACGAGCUUCGAAGCGCAUUCCUGGACAUACUUAAACAAGACCACGCCGACGCACUAUGCUUGCGAUUCCUGCGAGCGGAGAAAUGGGAUGUUCCUAAGGCUUGGAUCAAGUUUGUGCGGGCGCUGAAUUGGCGCGUCAAUGAAUAUAAGGUCGAAAAAGAGGUUAUGUCAAGAGGAGAAGCGUAUGCAUUUGAGAAGUCCAAGCUGGAAAAAGAUUGCGAUGAGAAGAAAGAUGGAGAAGGAUUCAUGCUCCAAUUACAAACAGGAAAGGGACACUUACAUGGCCAUGAUAGAGAUGGUCGCCCUAUCUGUGUUGUUCGAGUGCGAACUCAUCAACCUGGUACGCAGACAACAAAGGGGUUAAAUGACUAUAUCGUGCAAUGUAUUGAGAACGUACGCCUGUUGAUGGUCUCCCCUGUGGAGUCGAUGGCUAUUGUUUUCGAUUUGACUUCGUUCGGCCUUUCAAACUGGGAACUUGCCCCGGUUAAAUUCAUUAUCGACUGUUUCCAAGAAAACUAUCCAGAAUCAUUGGGCGCUAUGAUCUUCUAUAAUGCCCCUUGGAUUUUCUCAGGUUUCUGGAAGAUCAUACAGGGUCUCCUCGAUCCCGUCGUGGCCUCAAAGGUACACUUCAUAAGUGGUCCCAAAGAACUAGAGGCACUCGUUGCCCCCGAGCAUAUCCUCAAAGAGCUCGGAGGCGAUGAGAACUGGGAAUGGGAAUAUGUGGAACCCCAGCCAAAUGAGAAUGAGAGGAUGCUUGAUACCGCCACUCGGGACUCAAUAAUGGACGAAAGGAAAGCACUGGCUGAAGAGCUAUUCCGUCUAAAUGCGGCUUGGGUCUCAGGUUCUAAAGAUGAGCCUUUGAAUGAGAACAGGGACUCCGUGAUGAAGCAAUUGUCUGAGAACUACUGGCGGUUAGAUCCGUAUGUGCGGGCUCGUAAUAUUCUAGAUCGCACUGGUGUUAUACAAGAGGGUGGAAAGAUUGAUUUCUAUCCAACUUCGCCGUCUACUCCUCAGGCCAUUGAGGCUGAGGCUGAGUCGAAAGUGCUUGUCAAGGAAGCCAAUGUUGCCCAGCCGGUAUCUGUAGCAGCUUGA